AUGGAAGCAGAUAUGGUUGUCGAAGUGUUCAACCAAAGCGAGGCUAUGCAUGGAGUUCGUUAUGGAAAAUUCAUAGGCGAUGGUGACUCCAGUGUUUUCAGCAAAAUACAACAGCUCGUCAAACAUGGAAAACAAGUACGAAAAGUUGAAUGUACCAAUCAUGCAUUGAAAAAUCAUGGAAAAAGACUGAGAUCCAUAAAAUCAGAUACCCAAAUAAACCUUAAAGGUCGUAAACUGUUAACAAUCGCAAGAAUUAAACUAUUGACUAAACGGGCAAAAUGUUCAAUUUAUGAACAUGCGAAAAAAACUGUUCCCAAUGUUGACCUGUUACGGCAUGAUUUUAAAAACGGGCUGCAUCAUGUUUUAGGUGAUCACUCCAACUGCCGAGAAGGAAUAUAUAAUUUGGACAAAGCCAAAGAAAAAUUAAAACAGGCUGAAUUCACUUCUGAUGUUCAGAGUGAUUCAGAAUUGGAUAGCCAAACAAUUAAAAGGAGAAGAAUAGCACCCAGAAAAUUAUAUGAGUCAGAAAGUGAGGAGAGUGAAACCAAUGAAGAAUUUUUAGAUCUGCCAAGACCACCUCAGAUCAAAUCAAAAACUAGUCAAUUGUCCCAAAAAAGUUCUGUAGAAAAAAACAGAGUUGGAACACCUUCUGUAGAUUCAAAACGAGAUUCCAUGACAUCAACUCCAAUUGUGCAAAAGAGUGAUACGAACCAGAUAUCAGGAUAUCAACAAAUUCUGCGUACAUUGGAAUACAUAAAGGAACAAAAUAAACAGAUCCUUGCUUUGCUGAACAGUCGAGGAGGUAGUUUUUCCAAUCAAGCAUCAUAUAAUCUGGAUAAUUUGCCAGUUGAAAUCCCAUUAUCUUCCAAUGAGGACCUGAACAUCCUGGAGAACUUUUUAAAAGAAGACCAGAACUUGAGAAAUUUGAUGUCUUACUUAUCUUCUUUGGGCGGAAAAGAUCAUAUUGUGCAGACCAAUAACUGUUUACGUCGACUGUUAACCAAUGACUUUUCUUGCCAGUUCAGCUUUAUGGGAAAGAGAGGUGGAAAAAAAGCAUUUUCUGACUUAUUGUUAAAGAAGUGUGUAAUUGGUGCAGUCACAAAAAAUCUACCUCAAAUCAAAGAACGCGAUAUAGAAGAUGCCAUUAAAAACUGGCUGAAGCAUUCACCUCAGAGAUAUCACAAUGAACUUUUGAAAAAUCGUCGAAACACCAAUUAG